UCCAUGAUUAUUAAUGGAGAGAGACCAGAAAAUUCCAACUGUAUUACUCUUUCCAUGGUUAGCACAAGGCCAUGUGACACCUUAUUUGGUGUUAGCCAAGAAAUUAGCACAAAGAAACUUUCACAUAUAUUUUCUUUCUACCCCCAUAAUUCUUGAAUCCAUUGAAAAAAACUUAGCCAAACAACCCUCAAAUUUAUGUAUACAAUUAGUGGAAUUUCAUUUACCAUCUUCCCUGGAUCUUCCUCCUCAUUAUCACACAACCAAUGGCCUACCUCCUCAUCUUAACUUCACACUUAUCCAAACUUUUCAAAUGGCUUCCUCAAAUUUUUCCACCAUUGUUGACACUCUAAACCCUAAUUUUAUCAUAUAUGAUAGCUUCCAACCAUGGGUUGCAACCAUAGCUUCUUCACGUAAUAUUCCUGCUAUUCAUUUAUACACUUCGGGUAUAGCUACUUUUUCAAAAUUCUAUCAUAUUCUCCAAGAAAAUAUUAGGGCAAUUAAUUGUGAGAUUAAUGAAAUUGCUGCCCAGGAUUUAGGUGAAAUAGAUAGGCAGAAAGCUUUAGGAGGGAUAGCCCUAAAAGCCUUUGAACAAUCUAAUGACAUUGUUUUGGUCAAUAGUUGUAAGGAGAUUGAAGGAAAGUACAUUGAUCAUCUUUCUCAAUUGUCCAAAAAGGAGAUAAUACCAAUUGGUCCACUUAUUCGCGACGCGAUCAAUGAAGAGGAAGGCUUAGAGAUCAUACAAUGGUUAGAUAAGAAAGAUGAAUCUUCAUGUGUUUUUGUUUCUUUUGGAAGUGAAUAUUUCUUGUCAAAGAAAGAUAUUGAAGAGAUAGCUAAACGGCUUGAGCUAAGCCUAGUAAACUUCAUUUGGACUAUAAAAUUUCCUGCAGGUCUCACUACCACAAUUGAACAAGUUUUGCCACAAGGUUUUCUUGAAAAAUCAGAGAAAGGGAUGGUUCUAAAGGGAUGGGUACCACAAGAUUAAUGGAAGAACUUGGCCUUGGUUUGGAGAUUUUGAAAGAUGAAAAUGGAGAGAUUAAAAGAGAGGAGGUGGCUAGAGGAAUAAGGAAGGUGAUGGAAAAUAUUGGAGAAGUCAAGAAUAAUGUAAGAGAA